AUGUCCUUUGCUGGGUCUGGAAACAACGCCAAUCUGGACAAUGAUGGCGGUGAUGGGUCCGGUAGUGCUUUCGACGUUGGCACUAGUCCUUUUGCCUGGAUACUCGUACCAAUUUGUAUACUCGUCGUCGCCGCAAUAAUCAUCACCGUGUUUCGCUAUAGGAGGCGGAACAAACAGAGAAACUCUCAUGGUAUGGUUGCAUUGCAGCGAGAUCUGGAAGCCCUGGGACCUAAUCGGGUACGACGUUCGACAAAUACGCGCUGGCAGUGGGCUGGAGACGGACCGAGAAACGGCAGAAGAGUCGGUAUUGGUAUAGGCAGUCGGGAAGAAGGUCUAAACGAGCUCGGGGAGGCCCCGCCCGCAUACUCGCCGCCGCAGAAAAAUCCGAAUGAUGAUGUAGAGUUGCACGACUAUGUCGCUUCGCCAACAGUCCACGAGCCAAGUGCAACGCCUCCCUCCCAGGUACUCCCAGCCUACGGCGAAGCGCAACAUGGCCACAACGUGCCCAAUCCACCUGGCAAUACGCUUGACGGUGCAUCGCCUUCUGCACCUGCGCCUGCGGUCCUGCCCGUGCGCUAG